AUGACAGUCACAUAUUCCAGCAAAGUAGCAAAUGCCACUUUCUUUGGAUUUCACAGAUUACUGCUAAAGUGGAAAGGCAGCAUCUACAAAUUGCUGUACAGAGAAUUUAUUGUUUUUGCUACUCUUUACACAGCGAUAAGUGUAUUAUACAGAUUUUUUCUUACAGGUAGCCAAAAACGGUUCUUUGAAAAAUUAUCAAUUUACUGUGACAAAUAUGCUGAACAAAUCCCUGUAACUUUUGUGCUUGGUUUCUACGUUACUUUGGUGGUGAAUCGCUGGUGGAACCAGUUUGUGAACUUGCCGUGGCCAGAUCGACUGAUGUUCCUCAUCUCUAGCUGUGUCCAGGGCAGAGACGAGUACGGGCGCUUGCUGAGGAGGACUCUCAUGCGUUACGUGAAUUUAACAUCGCUGCUGAUCUUUCGCUCUGUGAGCACAGCUGUGUACAAAAGGUUCCCCACCAUGGACCACGUGGUAGGAGCAGGCUUUAUGACAAGAUAUGAAAGAAAACUUUUUGAUGACCUGAAGUCUCCCCACCUGAAAUACUGGGUUCCAUUUGUCUGGUUUGGAAAUUUAGCAUCAAAGGCAAGAAAAGAGGGAAGAAUUCGAGACAGUGUAGAUCUGCAGGCACUGAUGAAUGAGAUGAACAAGUACCGGUCUUGGUGUAGUCUUUUGUUUGGUUACGACUGGGUUGGAAUUCCACUGGUCUAUACCCAGGUUGUUACUCUUGCAGUCUAUACUUUUUUCUUUGCCUGCCUGAUUGGGCGUCAAUUUUUGGAUACUGACCAAGGGUAUCAGGGACAUGACUUAGAUAUUUACAUUCCAAUCUUCACACUGUUACAGUUCUUCUUCUACGCAGGAUGGCUCAAGGUUGCUGAACAGCUUAUUAAUCCAUUUGGAGAAGAUGAUGAUGAUUUUGAAACUAACUGGUGCAUCGAUAGAAAUUUACAGGUGUCUCUACUGGCGGUGGAUGAGAUGCACAUGAAUUUACCAAGGAUCGAGAAAGAUAUUUAUUGGAAUGAUUCCUCUGCCCGGCCGCCCUACACAAAAGCAGCUGCUGAUUACUGUAUUCCUUCAUUUCUUGGAUCAACUAUUGAAAUGGGGCUGGCUGAUACCGAGUUCCUCUAUGGGGAAGAGUGGCCCUGGGAAGAGGACAAACACCGAAGACAGCAUUCAGUGCUGAGAAGAGUCAAGAGAUUUCUCAGUGUCCAUGAGGGCACUCCGUCUCCAGCUCACCGCCGCUACAGUCGGCAGACCAGUGAGAAUUCGGUGUUUUUCCCAGCAGAUGAAAAGGGGCACAUCAGACGGUUGCAGGAAAUGCACACAAGAGGGAGACACUCUGCCUCAAGCUUCAAGAGGAAACAUGAAGGAGUUGACAGAAGUAACAGACUCCAUAGUAGCCGAGAUCUAGGACCCAUAACUGAAACGUCAAGGAACGAGGCACAGUUCAGCGACAGCGACGCCUCAUCUGAGACAAACAAGCCAGUUCCUGAGGUCAUCAUCUCUGAAGCUGAGGAGAGAGCACCUGACAUGCUGGGCAAACCAGACCUGCAAGCAGAGCGUUCCGCAAGCAUGCCAGAAGAGAAGCUGCAAAGGAGCCUCAUGGAGGCAAACAUAACGCUUCUGGACCAUCCUUUUUUCCCCCCAGAAAUUACAUACCUCCCAGGCUCUGAGGUGCACCAGUCACUCCCUACUGUGAUAGGGGAGCCCAAACAUGAACCCCGUGGUAGUAACAUAGCUGGUUUCAUAACAGAUGAUGAGAGAAACCUUCAGCGAUGGAGUUUACCGAGCUUCCAUAGUCAUAGUACGGUGUCAAACACUGACAGUGCCUCACCUUUGGCAGAUUCUGGGGCAACUUCACAACAAAGGACCUUCAGUGAUGGAAAAAAAGUUACUUCUGCUGAGGCUCCAGAGACUUUUGAGAUGCAGCACUUAUGGGAAAACCUGGAUAGUAAAGAAACAGCCAUAGUAGAAUUUUCUAAUGAGAAAAGUGAAAGAAAACUUUGA